GAGAGCACUUGAAAGGAAAUCUUGUUCCUGUCGCCUGACGCGUUGAGGAGCGUCCAGUAGUUCACCGGGUCUUCACUUUCCCGUCUGCCCGUAGAAAAAACUUUCCCGUCAAAAUUAUGCCUUCAAAAUCCGCAAAAUUUCAACCGCUCCCGACGUCAGACACCGCGACAACAUCCCAAGAGACCGAUCCCGAUUACCUGUGCGGAGUGUUCAGUUACAGACCGCGAUGGAUGCAGCGAUUUGCGAGAACUCAGUACUUCCUCGUGUGCUACAUCGUCUACGGAGUGUUCCAGGGAGCUCUCAAGGCUUACCUGAAUGGAUGCAUCACCACCAUAGAACGAAAGUUCGCGCUCACCGGUAAAAUGUUCAGCGUCAUACUGAUAGCGGACAACGUUAGUUCUCUGUUCGCCAGCCUUUUGAUUGGUUACUACGCUCGGAAAGUUAGUAGACCCAGGAUGAUAGCGUUUUCCGUGUCAAUGUCCGUAUUGGGAUGCGUGCUGGCGGCACUACCGCACUUCAUCUACGGACCCGGCUUCAUCGGUGACUCUAAGGUACAACUGGAAGAUCAAGGCGAAGAGCAGGCAUACCAGGUGAUCUUGGAUUCUAAGAAGGAGUUCUGCAGCCGCACUGCCGACGGUGAAGCGUCCGUGGUUGGUGACCAAUCGCCAGCGGCAACUGCCAUACUUGCCGUGUUCAUUCUCUUCAUUGCGAAUUUCUUCAAUGGCUUCGGCGGGGCGGCCUUCUACAUAUCGGGCACCACAUACACGGACGACAACGCUAAGAAGACAGACUCGAUCGUCUACUUUAGCUUUGUGUUUUCACUGCGGUUCCUGGGCCCAAUGCUUGGAUAUGUCAUGGCGUCAGUGUGUCUCCGAAUUUACGAGUCACCGUUUGAGACUCCAAGCAUCACGCCGAAACACCCGAAAUGGAUUGGAGCGUGGUGGCUUGGCUUUAUCCUCUGGGGUAUAUCGCUCCUUAUCAUUUCGCUGCCCAUGUCUCUCUUUCCCAAACACAUAAGGAGACAAUCGCAAUCACUCGACAAGCAAGAGAUGCAGAAGGUAUCCUCUAUGGGCACGACUACCGACACAAUCAGAGAGAAAUUCGCCGGUGAUUUUGCAGAAUUUCGAAUGUCGUUCGCAAGGCUGUGCAAGAAUCCUGUCCUCAUGUGGAAGAUAGCGACCAUCAUGUUCGUCUUCAACGGUACUGGGGGCUACAUUACCAUGUUUCCCAAGUACGUCGAAAUCCACUACAGAGUGUCGGCUUCAAAUGCCAGCCUCUUCACAGGUCCGACAAAGAUCCUGGCCAUGAUACUGGGAGUGUUCCUCGGUGGUCUGGUGAUCAGGUUCUGGAAACCUAAGGCCCGCACUAUAGCCCUCUUGGAGGCUGCCAGCGACUUGACUGAAAUUACCUUCCUCCUCGCGGGUAUGUCCCUCUCCUGUUCUGGUUGGCAGCUGGCCGGGGCUAGCAUGAGCGCAUCCAACAGUUUGUCCAUAACCAACGAUUGCAACAAGGAUUGCGGCUGCACGGGCAGUUACUUUCAGCCAGUGUGCCACGUUUUAGAAAACGCGACGUACUUCUCACCAUGCGCAGCUGGCUGCUCUGAAGACGGAAAUGGGACAAUGCACUGCACCUGUCUGAUGGGCAACAGCACCGGUGAAGAUGCCGUAGUGACGGACGGCUUCUGCGAAUUCGGAUGCGACAGCCUUUUCAUCCUUGUCGCGCUGACCAGCGUGAGCAAACUCCUGGCACAGCUUCCUCGGGUCGGAGCAAUAAUCGUCAGUUUGAGAUGUGUUGAUCCAGCGGACAAAGGCCUCGCUGUAGGAAUGAUUGGAGCAGCAUUUAAUCUCUUAGCCUCCGUGCCGUACCCGUUGAUCUACUCCGCACUGUUCGACGCCACGUGCAUCGCGUGGGACGAGCGAGGCGGCCACCGGGGCAACUGCUUGUUCUACGACGCGGACAAGCUGCGGAUCCUCUUCCACGGCGUGACCAUAGCGUUCCUCAGCCUGGGCCUCGUCAGCAACCUGAUCGUCUCGUACUACAGCAAGCGGGUGACCAACUUGUACGGCGAGGCUGACGCGCGUGCCGAGGAGACAGCGGCUGCCGCGUCCGUCUGGGACGACAACUGCCUGCGCAUGGUCGAACUGGACGAAGACGCGAUGCGCAAGAUGACCGCCGAGGGAGAGAAACCGGCGCAGCAGCAGGUGCGCUGCUGACGGGAAGUUGCGGCUGGUGCGUCCACAAACGAUGUCCCCCGUCUGUGGUGCGUGGAUUAUCGCGCACAAGUGUGGAAGUCUGGGGGAGUCGGUUGUAGCACACGGUGGCGAUGUAGGACACGAUCAGUGCUCUCGUCUCUUCCGUCCUUUCCUAAAGAAGGUAUUCACUGAGCUCAAUCCGCCAGGCGGCGCCAGCGAGUGCCUACAUCCGGCCAACAUAUCUGUGUUCGUUCAGCGAUCCGGCAUAUGACAGUGUAAUGUCGGGAGAAAAGAGGAGCAAGGAUAUCAAAACAACACGCGCGGCCAAGCACAUUGGUAGUAAUCCUAUGAUGACGACGGCGCACGUGACCACGGCUACGGCGACUAAGGCGCUAGCGCCCCUUGCGGAUGACGUCACGUGAAUACCUCCUUAUACAACCAUAAUGGAUUCUUGCGGUCACACUCUGUGAUACGUCGCAAAACUUACGGCGGGAAAGUGAAAUUAGCAAAGCAACGACGUCACCUGUGUAUGUCCUCGUAUAAAAAGACAGAGACAAAAGUUUGACUCGCGUGAAAAUUUGGAGAUAAUGCACUGCCAUCGCUGAGAUUUCUGCGUUCACUUAUAGGUUAGGAGGCAAAGCGCGACGAGGUAUGCCUCCAACCGGUACAGGAAAAGCUAGCCACUUUUGUAUUGUCCCAACUAUUGGUCGUGGUGUUUUGUGUGCGUUGCAGUGCGGCCCAAUAUUCGACGUGAAAUAUUUAUAGAUGUAACAGAUAAGUUGACUGUGCAAGAUGGCAUCGGCUGUGACAUUCGAGCGGUGAUAUUUUAAAGAAAAGAACGACAAACAUCGAAGAAAAUAAACAGAUGAUAUGCAUCAGUGGAAUAAAAUAUGUCGUACGCAAUAA